GCAGCGUCCUAUUAGGAGUCGCUAUUUCGCCAUGCCGUUGGAGAAAUGGUGUGCGGUGAAAUUACGUCGAAAAAGUGCGAAGAUAAAAUUCGAUUCGAUGAAAAUAAUGAACACGCUGUUGCGAUGAUGUUCGACUGGAAAUUUUCCUCCAGGCUUACCGCGAUAAUGUGAACCUGGCUUUAUAAGAUGAAACUGCGAUAUACAUAGGUAGUGUAACGUACGCACACACAGCAUAUCAUGUGUAGUAAACGCGGCGCAUUAAUUGUCUUAGAGGGUUGUGACCGAGCCGGCAAGUCGACCCAGGUGAAGCUGUUGACGAAUGCCUUGAAUGAGAGAUCGAUUCCCACAAAGGCGAGCGCUUUUCCCAAUAGGAACACUCCUAUUGGAGGCUUGCUAAAUGGUUUCUUAUCAAAAGAAAUAAACAUUCCACCUGAGGCAGCUCACUUGUUAUUUUCUGCCAAUCGAUGGGAAUGCAAGGAGGACAUAGAGAAGAUGCUUUUGUCUGGUACUACUUUGGUGAUUGACAGGUAUGCCAGUUCCGGAACUGCAUAUACAGCUGCUAACACUGGUAGAUGCUUGAAUUGGUGCAAACAGCCAGAUUUAGGAUUGCCAAAACCUGACUGUGUGAUGCUACUCAAGGUGUCGAAACAUCAGCAAGAGCUGCGCAAUAACUGGGGUGAGGAGAGAUUCGAACAAAAUGAUCUUCAAGUGCGUGUCAGUGCUAAUUACGAAAAAUUAAAGGAUGACACAUGGAUGACAGUGGAUGCUGACCAGAAUGUAUUGACAAUACACGGCGAGAUAUUGAAGAAAGCACUAUCAGUCAUCCAAGAGGUUCAGUUUCGAAGAAUAGAGUUACUGAAUAGUUAAAUGUAUUGACAAAUUUGUAUUUUUCUACUUUUUGAUAUAUUCUACAUUUCUAUUACUGAAAAAAAUUAUAUUUUUAAGCGAUAUAUUUCAUCUGCUACCUCUAUAAGAACUGUUGAAGCCGUUGCUUCUCCGUUAAAUACCUGUUUUUAUAGCAUUAAUAUUUCUAUGAUUAUGGGCUUUGUACUUAUUCAUAAUAUUCUAAUUCUAAAUCAUGUUCUAUUUGAAAAAAUAGCACAUAAAUACUAAUUAAUUAAUUA